CGUAGCCGCGCUCGCCCUGAAGCCCGCGCCGCCGCGCGCACCGGCUGGCCCCGCAGCCUCGCCCGCUGACCGCACCGGCCCGCGGUAGAGCGCUCACGAUGCUGCCGCCCGCGCCCUCCCUCCUCGGGCUGCUGCUGCUGCUGCUCCUGUGUCCCGCGCACGUCGGCGGACUGUGGUGGGCGGUGGGCAGCCCCUUGGUCAUGGAUCCUACCAGCAUCUGCAGGAAAGCGCGGCGGCUGGCAGGGCGGCAGGCUGAGUUGUGCCAGGCCGAGCCAGAGGUGGUGGCAGAGCUAGCCCGGGGCGCCCGGCUGGGGGUGCGGGAGUGCCAGUUCCAGUUCCGAUUCCGCCGCUGGAACUGCUCCAGCCACAGCAAGGCCUUCGGGCGCAUCCUGCAGCAGGACAUCCGGGAGACGGCCUUCGUGUUCGCUAUAACGGCCGCGGGCGCCAGCCACGCCGUCACGCAGGCCUGCUCCAUGGGCGAGCUGCUGCAGUGCGGCUGCCAGGCGCCCCGAGGGCGGGCCCCGCCGCGUCCCCCGGGCCUGCCCGGCACCCCUGGGCCCCCCGGCCCCGCCGGCUCCCCCGACGGCAGCGCCGCCUGGGAGUGGGGGGGCUGCGGCGACGACGUGGACUUCGGGGACGAGAAGUCGAGGCUCUUUAUGGACGCGCGGCACAAGCGGGGACGCGGAGACAUCCGUGCGUUGGUGCAACUGCACAACAACGAGGCCGGCCGGCUGGCCGUACGGAGCCACACGCGCACCGAGUGCAAGUGCCAUGGGCUGUCGGGCUCGUGCGCGCUGCGAACCUGCUGGCAGAAGCUGCCCCCGUUCCGGGAGGUGGGCGCGCGGCUGCUCGAGCGCUUCCACGGCGCCUCGCGUGUCAUGGGAACCAAUGACGGCAAGGCUCUGCUGCCCGCGGUCCGCACUCUUAAGCCGCCGGGCCGCGCCGACCUGCUCUACGCCGCGGACUCGCCCGACUUCUGCGCUCCCAACCGGCGCACCGGCUCGCCGGGCACGCGCGGCCGCGCCUGCAACAGCAGUGCCCUGGACCUCAGCGGCUGUGACCUGCUGUGCUGCGGCCGCGGGCACCGCCAGGAGAGCGUGCAGCUCGAGGAGAACUGCCUGUGUCGCUUCCACUGGUGCUGCGUGGUGCAGUGCCACCGCUGCCGCGUGCGCAAGGAGCUCAGCCUCUGCCUCUGACGCACCGUCCGGCUCUCCAAACCGCGCGCCCCUCGGCAUCUGCGGGACCUCUGGACUCCGGCGGGGGCGCUGCCCCGCUGCUCGCAGCGAAGGUCCAUCUCCCAGGCCUCCGCCAACUGUGAGGCGGCGGGGCUUGAGAUACACGCCCGCCCACGAAAGCGAGGGGCGCUGAAGGCCAUCCACCCCGGGGGAGCGCUCUGGAGGGCCCCCGGGGGAGGCUAUGUAGUCCCUCUCGCUCUUGGCCCCCAUAUGGGGGAGCCAAACUCGAGGCCUCUGGACGCAGGACGCCUUAGAACUGCUGGCUAUGGGGUGGGUGGGUGAGUUUAGUAUCAAUAAAAAUAUUUAAACCAAUAGGACUGGGCCCACAGUUUGGGAGGGAGCUGGCCUCCUGGGGGCCACCAUGGGGCCAGGCUUCCGAAGGAGUGUGUAAAGGAAGAUGGUUUUGAUAGAACUAGCAUCUCAGGGGUUAUCACCUUAGGUCCCUAUCUCCCCUACUGAAUUAGGUUCUCCUGGCAACUGUGGAGAAGAGUGCCGAUUCUUCUGGUUCACCCUUGUCAAACAUCUCUGGCCUGGAUCUGCAAGCUGAGAAAAACCUAGCUGUCCUUCUUUAAAGGGACAGACUGAAAAGGUCUAGGAAAAGAAGACCAAAGCCUCUGGUAGUGUACUCAGCUCUCAGUCCAGCCCUCAUCUUCUCUGGGGAGGGUGACACCCUUAUCUGCCCUUCUGUUUCUGUGAUUCUUGGGGACUUUGAGGGUAGACUUCUAGGGCCACCCAAGCCCAUAGGAUUAAAGCACUUUGUAAACUGUAGAAUGUGAUGAGAUUAUGUUAUUAGUAACAUCAGGCUUUUUAACCACCAAAACUAACUUCAUUGAAAAGACUGCCCCGAUCAGCAUUUCUAAUCACACUCAGUGGGGGAGGAUGCAAAGUUGUCCCAAGUUUCUCCGGGCACCCAACCACAUUUCCUCCCUUCUGGUUCUUUCUCAGAAAGCUGAUGUUGAGGCUGCAGGGACAGGGAGGAAAGGUUGGAGGUUCUGGGUUCUCCAGAGCUGGAUCUCAUGCCUCCAUCUUCCCGCAGAGAGAAUGGGGCGGGGGCAUAGGCAAAUGGCUAGGAUUCAGAGCCCCAAUUUUCCCACAGUCCAAAUACUGCAGGAGAGAAUGACUGCCUAGGUGUGUAGGCAAAGCAUGAGCUUUGGAUUCAGGCACUCUGUGUUUGAAGCUGCUGCUGCUGUUAAGAAGUUUGCAAUAUAGGCAUGUUAGCCUCAGUUUCUUUGCCUAUAUAAUGGAAUACCAUCAUGUUUCAGUUAUCCAUUGCUGCAUAACAAAGGACCCCCAAAUAAUUACUUCUCCUGAUCCUUUAGGUUAGGAUUUUUUUCAGAGUUCAGCUUGGUGGCUCUGCUCCUUAUGGCGGGGACCAAUGGUUGUGGUCAGUCACCUGGCUGCCUUCUGCAGUGGCUGGGCCAGGCUGAACAGUCUAAGAGGCUUGACUCAUAUGUCUAAGUAGUGCCUCAGAGCUCCUCCAGGGUCUCCUCUUCUCCAUGUGGCUAGCUUGGGCUUCCUUACAGCAUGGGGGCCUUGGUUUAGUUACACUUCUUACCUAGGCUGGCUUUCAAAAUGGACAUGCUGAGUGUGAAGGCAGAAGCUCCUUACAGUCCAGCCUUGGAAGUCACACAGCAUUGCUGUCACUCCCUGUUGGUUGACACAAGUCAUAGAACCAGUGAAAAUUCAAGGGAAGGGGAAAGGGACACCAUCUCUCACUGGGAGAGUGGCACCAUUAUCAGGACCAUUCACAUCCUCAUAGAACCAUGGGGAGGAUUCUUCUGAGACAUGAAAAGCACUUAGCAUAGCAUGUAGCACAAUAGUUUAUGUCAGGCUUAUAUUUAAUAAAUGGUAGUUUCUGUGAGAGUGGGAAUAGAGAACUGAUGCCUUGCAG